AUGAAAACGGCCAUAAAACCAGAAACAAAAACUCAAAACACUUCAAAACCAGACAAUACGAUGGACCCAGCAGAACUUCAAGAGUUGGACGCGUACAACGGACUCGACAACAACGACACCGACAUCGAUUUAAUAGCCAAAGCAAUGGAGAAAGCUAAGAGCGUCACUGUAUUAACGGGCGCAGGCAUAUCCGUACAAAGCGGAAUACCAGAUUUCAGGUCAAGUAAUGGUCUAUGGAAAAGAUAUGACCCUGCCGUCUACGGCACUUUAGAUACAUUUAAAACACGACCGGAACUCUUCUGGAGUAUGGCGGAAGAGAUUCACAAGAUCGACGCAAAGCCAAAUGAUGUGCAUAAAGAGCUUGCGCUCUUAGAGAAGAUGGGUGUUGUGAAAAACAUUAUCACCCAAAACGUCGACGGACUUCAUCAAAUGGCGGGAUCAAAGAAUGUCAUGGAAAUACAUGGAAACACACGAACGUGUUACUGCGUGUGCUGCGGAUAUAUAACAACGACUAAACACAUUUGGGAAAAGACCGAACACCCGAGUAUCGAUGUGCCGAAGUGUCCGAAGUGUGGCGGGUUGAUGAAACUCGACGUCAUUUUAUUUGGCGAGAAACUCGACCAAAUCACCUACCAAAGCGUCACGAAGGCGCUUGAAAAUACAGACUUCUUGUUAGUCAUCGGAACCUCUUUGAAAGUUGCGCCUUGUAAUAUUAUCCCAAAGAGCGCAAAACAAAACGGAGCACAAGUAGCGUUUAUUAAUUGUACUACAACUAUGAUGGAUGAGUAUGCGGACUAUGUAGUGAGGGGUGACUUAACUGAAAUCAUACCUCAAAUAGCGUCAAAAGUCAGACAACUUAGGAACAAAACAGUAUCACCACUCCAACGAGCAUUUCUGUUAUCGUAUUCGAUGUCAUUUGUUAUUAUGACAAUGUUACUAACGAUUUAUAACAAUGUGUUCCAUCAGAACUUUAAAUUGAAACAAAGAGAGGGGGGAAAGACGGAAAUGGUGUUGAAUGACUGCGAAACUGAAAGUGAUGCCUUGAGACGACACUCCGUCCCCUUAAGCGAUACUAUCGACUAA